AUGACGGCAAUCCACAUAAGGUUGCCGCCUCUCAUAGAGCAACUGCGGUCAGCUUCUGGGGAGGACGCACAGCUGUCGGCGCUGAAUGCUCUGCGUCAAGCGUUGGAGCCGUCAAGCAGCGAGGGUGGGCCCUGCCCCGAUGACUUCGUGGCAUCCUGGCUCCCCGGCGUGCUCCAACAGCUCCAGGCGAGCGUCUCCUCAGACGUUCGAAGGAGCCUAGCAGCCUUUACUGGUCAGCUGGCAAUCAAUCACACUGGCGUGCAGGGAAUCGUGCAUUGCACGGCCUGCCUGGCAUCACUGCUACGCGACAGCGUGCCGGGGGUGGUGAAAGAGGCAGUGCUCGCCUUCGCUUGCCUCCUGCGUGCGUCACUCGCCCUAGUUUCCCUCAAGCCGUCGCAGCCCGACGUGCGCGACGUGUGGGACAAUGUCCGGCGUCUGCAGGUGGACAUGUGCCAGGUCAGCCAGGGCCAUCCUAGCACAUGCGUUAAGGUGGCGGCGGCGAAGCUGGCUGAGCACAUCGUGCUGCUGUUCACGGGCGAUUCAGCGCCCAGCGUCCCGGGGGUAUGUGCGCAUUCUGGUUGUGUUGGCAGCCUGAUGGAAUGUAAGCGUUCCUCGUCCGGCAAGUGCCCGGGCAGGGAUGGGAUGGCAGUGCGCGGAGGAGAGCCGCCGCCGCAGUCCCAUGGGUCUCCUGAGAUUAUCGCCCCAUAUGGAUCUCUGAGUGACCUCCGUCAGCUCAGCCCAGAUGGCCCCUUUUCCGCAGUCGGUGUACCUGAGACGCUCGUGAACAAGCUCCGACUGCCCGACGCAGCCCGUCUCGCUGGGGACGCCGAUCCGCAGCUGCGUUGGCUCUUGGAGCCCCUCCGACCCGCCACGGCGCUGGAGCAGCCGCCCGCCCGCCUCAUCGCGCACAUCUCCGCAGCCUGGGGCAUCACCGUCGCCCGACCCAACCUCAUGGGCAAGCUGCUGCCAUGUCUCAUGGCGCUUGCUAAGGAGGGCGGUUUCCUGGCAUCCAACUCCCCCGCCGCCGCGCACUGCACCGGUGCUGACGUGUCAGUGGGUAACGCCCUCCGUGGGGGUUUAGCCGCCGUACUGAAGAGCCGGGUGCCGUCCAGCGUUCCCUGGAGGGACCGCAUCGUGGCGGCACUGGGUUUUCUCGGGGCAUCAGAUACGGCAGCCAACAUGAUCAAGUACAUUGAACGGCAGGAGUACAAGGAGCGGAGGCCGGGCCCAAUGGCGUGGUUGCAGUGGCGGCGGCGCCAUUUUCCGGUCCCAGGCGGCUUGCCCGUACCCGUACAGCAGUACGGUAUCACAAUGCUACAACCGCCUCCGCAGCCGCAGGCGCAACCACAGGCACAACCGCGGCCGCAGCCACAAGUACAGCCUCAGCUACAGCCGCCGGCACCGCAACCACCACAACCGCAGCAACCACCACAACCACCUGUGAUGGAUUCCCAACAGCUACAGCUUCAGCAGCAGGCAGCCAUGCAGGCCGCAGCCAUCCUGACGGCGGCGGCGAGGGUGGCGGCGGGGCUGCCCCCUGUCACCGCGCCGCCGUCAGAUCCCGCGGACCUCGACCAGCGAGGUCCGCUGCCGCCGCUGCCGGGUCCCGCGCGCCCCAGGGAGAUGGACCCGUCGCAGCUGCUGCCCGCCGGGAAGGGCGGCGCGGCGGCGGCGGCCGCCACCGUGGCGCCACCUCAGCUGCCGCCGCUGCAGCCCGCCGCGCUGACGGCCGCCCAGGCUACAGCCAUGCGGCAGAGCGCCCUGCGGAGGCUGAUGGCGAUGCCGCCGUGUGCAACUCCCGGCCGACGUAUGCGGCAGGUGGUGUUGGCCCAUGGUGGUGGUGCGGUUGGGGGGGUUGCUGGGAGACGUAGCGGCAGUGGAGGUGGCGACAUGGGGUUUGGGGUUAUGGAGGAGGACGGUGGCGGCGGCGGCGGCGGAAGGGUAGGAGUUGGAGCAGGACAGGGUGGUGCUGGCGGGGGCGGUUACGGAUACGGCGUUGCUGCGGACACGGAGGCGCAGGAAGCGGGAGCAGGGGGGGGUCAGGGAGAUUUCAGCAGCAGCAGCGCCGGCGGCGGCGGCGGCGGCGGCGCUGGCGGCGGGAGUAGGGAUGCGGACGCGCCGCCGGAUCUAUCUGGUACGGUGUACGAGACAGUUCUGUUGGCGUUACUGGAGCGAGCCAGGCAACACGCAGUCGUGUGGCACGCUCACCAGCUCCGCCGCUACAGCCGAGGUCUGAAGGAUGCGGCGGCGGCGCUACAGCAGCAGCGCUCUCAGCUACAGCUGCUACAUCCCGAGGAGCGGCCGAGUGCGGGUCUGGAGGGAUUGCUGGCUACUGCCCGGCAACUGCAGGCCAACGUCUCCUGGGCCGCAGCUCAGGGUACCUGGCUGCAAAGCGAGGCAGCGAGUAUGGACUUACACGCGGCGGCGGAGGAGGAGGGGGACGGAGCAGGGGGCGGAGAGGGUGGGGGGGAUGGCGGCGGAGAGGAUGUGGGGGCGGUGGUUCCGGAGCUGGCGGAUGAAGUGGCGGCGGAGGUUGAGGGCGUGCAGGCUUCCGUACAGGAGUCCAUGAUGCAGUUGCGGCAGUGGCAGUUGGAGGCGGGUCACCCCCUCCCCAACCCCCCGCCAGGCCCCUCUCAGGGCCCCCGACCCGUCGUGGGACUGGAGGUCAAGGAACUGCUCAAGGCCGCCCCCUCCCUGCCGCUACCGGGUGUAUUGUCGUACUUGCGCGACCUGUUCUCCGGGGGGGGAAAGUGGCCCACCCUGGCCCUCAGCUGCGCCUGGGACGCCAUUGAGGGUCGGCCGCCCGUUCGGAGGGCCGUGUUGGAGCUGGUGCUGGAGGCGGCGGAGGACCCGCACGAGGAGAUCCGCUCCGCCGCCGUACGCCUCCUCACCAGCAAGCUCUACCCGCGGCCCCACCUCAGACAGACCAUCGUAGCCACGGCCGCACGCAGACUCUCAGCAUUGCUCGUACAGCCGGCAGCCGCCCCCGCCGCAGCGGCAGCUGUGGCGGAGGCGCCGCAGCUGCCGGCGGCGGCGGCCCAUGCGGCGGAGCAGGGCCCCCCGCCCGCCCCCGCCGCUGGCCCCCCCUCGGAGCCGUCCGUGCUGGACUGCACCCGACGGUGCUCGCUGUACAUGGCGCUUGUGGCCAAGCAGCCCGACCUGCUGCCGGGGCUGGUGGCGGCGUACGCGGGCGGCGGGCCGCAUCUGCGGACAGCCAUAGGGGCGCAUGCGGGGGCACUAGCCCUGGCCCUGGGUGCCGCCCACCCGGCACUGCUGGCACAGCUGCGGGCGCCCGUGGGGGGGAGUGAGGACCUGCUGCUGGUCAUGCUGCAUGCGCUCACAGAGAAGGACCUGCCUCCAGGCCGGCUGGUGGACGCCUGCAAGUCCUGGUACGCCGCCAGUGGUGACCCACGGGUCAUGGUGCCAGUGGCCUUCACGCUGAGCCGCCGGGACGUCAUCUCGCUGCUGCCCGUCAUGCUGAGGUCGCUGCAGGGCCCCGUGCUGAAGAAGCUCUACCGCUCCCUGGCCUGCAAACACGGGGAAGUGGAGCCCCUAUUUCCCCCCCUGGAGCUGCUGUUGGUACUGCAUCGGGAUCUGGAUCCCAUGCGGGACGGAGUGUCGCUGAAGUCGCUGAUGGCGGCGGUGGACUUAGCGCUGCACUCUCCGGAGAUCUUUCCCCAACCGGUGAUGUUAUCCGCCAUCCGGGUGAUGGAGGGACUGGUGCCCCUGCCCAGGAUGUUCAUGAGAACCGUCAUCCAGGCACUCAAGGCGGCCCCCCGACUGCGGGUGGAUGUGGCCCUACUGCUGGAGCGCCUGGUGGCGAAGCAGGUAGACGAGUGGGAGCAGUUGGCGGUUGCAACGGCGGUUAUCUGGACCGACCGCGACCAGUGGCGAGGCUUCCUCCUAUGUGCCGACCACAUGCGCUCGGACGCCUACACCCCCCUGCUGCAACUGCCCGAGGCGGUGUUGGAAGUGACACUGCUGGGAAAUGCCGCCUCGGAGGGGGCUCGAACCCAGGCGGCUCGUAUGGGCCUCAUGCCGGCCGGCUGCCAACUGCCGCUGGCCUCGGGUGCUCGCCUAGCCACCCACGUGUUGCAUCCCGCACCCAACCAGCCGCCCAUCGCCAACGUGCUCAUCACGCACCAGAUGCGCAAAACCUUGCAGCGGCUGCUGCAAAUACAAACGGCCCAAGAGGCGGCGGCAGCGGCCGCCGCAGCCAAAGCGGUCAAGCCUGAGGCGGCGGCGGAAGGGGCGGUCACCGGACAUUACGGCGCUGUUAAGGUAGAGGCGACAGCGGCAGCGGCGUCCGCGGCGUCGGGGGGGAUGGGUGUGAAGGCGGAGCCGGGGACGGGAGGGGGUCCCGUUGGGGUGGUGUUACCCCACGGGGUUGACCCCAGCUCAUCGGCAGGGAGUCGGGGAGCUGCUUUGCCUUCGGCUGGUGUGGGGCCACCGUCCGGGCCAGGAGGAGGAGGAGGAGAUGGAGGAGCAAGCGCACGGGCUCCGGAACCAGCGGAGACGUCUGGGCGGGGUGCAGCGUUGACGAUACGCGCGGGGCGAGAGGCGGCUGCCGCUGCGGCCGCAGCCGCUGCUGCGGCAGGGGGCUGGGGUUCCGGGGGUGUGGGGGGUUUGCCAGUAGUAAAGAGCGAGCGUGUGGGGGCGGGGGCCGGACCGGGGCGGGGGCCCGGUGGGUUGUUGGGGUCGGGGAGAGGGCCGGCGGGGGCAGAGGAUGCGAUGUUGGAGGAGGGUGCUGGAGAGGAGGUGGGCCCAGGUGGCCGCGGCGGGGGGGGAGGUGGCGGCGGGUCCGGGGCCCCGGGCGCGGAGACUGAGGCGGCGGAAGGUGGGGCUGUCGGCGGGGGGACAAAUGAGUUUGAGUUGGACUUUGAGGACGACCUGUAAAUCGGUUACACAUACACUGGCUGACUGACUGACUGACUGGCUGACUGACUGACUGACCGACUGACAAAGAGACAGACGCACAGCCCGCAGUGUUGGUGGAAAGUACGGCAUCCAAGGCGGCUGGUCGACCAAGGGAGGUUCAGGUCCGCCCCGCCCCGGGUGUCGGGGCGCAGUACAGCUUUGUGCGCAGUGGGGUUGCGGAUGGCGACAGCCAGGGGACGACGAGGCUCAACUACCCGCCGUCCUUUUAGCCCCUUCGGUGGAGCUGCAAGUUUUGCGCCUGUUGGGAUCUAUCCGCCUGUUGGGAUCUAUCCGCCUGUUGGGAUCUAUUCGCCUGUUGGGAUUUAGCUCUUCGUCGCGGGUUUUGAGCGGGGAAGGGCUAUCCUGGAAGCAGCGACCUGGCGGCUGUACGGCUGUACGGCUGCUGCGGCAGAGGGAGCCCAGCGGCGUGUGUGGUUGUCAGGUCCGUUGAGCGAAAGGGGUUCAGCGCGUUAUUGAGUGAACGGAUUAGGACGUUUGGAUGAAUGAACGACCGCAUAGGGGGGGACGGCAUGGGGACCAUCUUAUGAAGGCUGUGUGUUAUGGUAAGAGGUCAGAGGCCUAACCUCGGAGGGUUAAAACACAAGCCCUGCCAGGAAGGCAAGUGGAAAGGAAAUGGAAGCGGAGGGGUCCGCCCUGGAUGUCCAACCGCCAUGCCAUAAAAGCGGAGUGUAUCUGGUGUUUCGAUGAUUGAGCGCGAGGGGCACACGAAUGUAUUACUCUACGGAAGU